AUGGCAAGAAGAUAUUGGAACAUAAAUUUGGAAGAGAUGUUGGAAGCAGGAGUUCAUUUUGGUCAUGGUACUAGGAAAUGGAAUCCUAGAAUGGCGCCAUAUAUCUCUGCAAAACGUAAGGGUAUUCAUAUUACAAAUCUGACUAGAACCGCUCGUUUUUUAUCAGAAGCUUGUGAUUUAGUUUUUGAUGCAGCAAGUAAGGGAAAACAAUUCUUAAUUGUUGGUACCAAAAAUAAAGCCGCUGAUUCGGUGGCGCGGGCUGCAAUAAGGGCUCGGUGUCAUUAUGUUAAUAAAAAAUGGCUCGGUGGUAUGUUAACAAAUUGGCCCACUACAGAAACGAGGCUUCAUAAGUUCAGGGACUUGAGAACAGAACAAAAGACGGGGGGACUCAACCGUCUUCCGAAAAGAGAUGCAGCUAUGUUGAAGAGACAAUUAUCUCGCUUGCAAACAUAUCUGGGCGGGAUUAAAUAUAUGACGAGAUUGCCUGAUAUUGUAAUCAUCGUUGAUCAGCAAGAAGAAUAUACGGCUCUGCGAGAAUGUAUCACUUUGGGAAUUCCAACAAUUUGUUUAAUCGAUACAAAUAGCGAUCCCGAUCUCGCAGAUAUUUCGAUUCCAGCAAAUGAUGACGCUAUAGCUUCAAUUCGAUUAAUUCUUAACAAAUUAGUAGUCGCAAUUUGUGAGGGUCGUUCUAGCUAUAUACGAAAUCCUUGAUUAAUAAUAAGAUAAAUAAAUUCUUUUUUGGAACUACAUAGAUCUAUGGAACUUUUUUGGAACUACAUAGAUCUAUGGAAUCGGUUAAUAUAUCCUGAAUCGCACAAAAGAGAUAAAAAAACUGUGAAUAUUGUGUGAUUAGUUUCGUCGGUGUCAAAAAUAUAGAAUUUGAGUAGGCAAGAGAAGAUUGAAUCAAAAUAAUUCCUUUUUUUUAAGUAAAGUUCUAUUUCUGUCAGAGGGCAAUAUGAAUGGUAUAUCAAACGCACUAAACGGGUUAUACGAUAUCUCUGGUGUGGAAGUAGGCCAACAUUUCUAUUGGCAAAUAGCAGGUUUCCAAGUCCAUGCCCAAGUACUUAUUACCUCUUGGGUUGUAAUUGCUAUCUUAUUAGGUUCCGCCGUUAUCGCUGUUCGGAAUCCACAAACCAUUCCAACCGCCGGUCAAAAUUUCUUCGAAUAUGUUCUUGAAUUCAUUCGAGACGUAAGCAAAACUCAGAUUGGAGAAGAAUAUGGUCCAUGGGUUCCCUUUAUUGGAACUAUGUUUCUAUUUAUUUUUGUUUCUAACUGGUCGGGUGCUCUGUUACCUUGGAAAAUCAUACAAUUACCUCAUGGAGAGUUAGCCGCACCCACGAAUGAUAUAAAUACUACUGUUGCUUUAGCUUUACUCACGUCAGUAGCAUAUUUCUAUGCGGGUCUUUCAAAAAAAGGAUUGGGGUAUUUCAGUAAAUACAUUCAACCCACUCCAAUUCUUUUACCUAUUAACAUUUUAGAGGAUUUCACAAAACCCUUAUCACUUAGUUUUCGACUUUUCGGGAAUAUAUUAGCUGAUGAAUUAGUAGUUGUUGUUCUUGUUUCUUUAGUACCUUCAGUCGUCCCUAUACCUGUCAUGUUCCUUGGAUUAUUUACAAGUGGGAUUCAAGCUCUUAUUUUUGCAACUUUAGCUGCGGCUUAUAUAGGCGAAUCCAUGGAGGGUCAUCAUUGACUAGUUUUUGUUUUUGAAAUAGUCUAGCCCUUUUUUAGCUUAGCUUGGUCCAAUCCAAUGUAUGCGCAACUCAAGAUAAUCUACUUACUUAGGGACCAUAAAUAUACAAAUACGACGAUCUAGAGUAAUAACAAAAAAGAUUACGAUAUUAGAGAAUUGUAAUAAAAAAAGGAAAGAGAUCUAAUUGAAAAGAUCUUUUUCCUAAAAUUCAGGGUUGGUCCAUUUUUUUUAUUACUUAUAUUUAUAUCAUAUUUACCUUCGAUCAAUAUUAUCCGAUCAAUAUUAUCUUUAUCUUGAUAUUGUUUUUGUUUAUUCAAUUUCAAUAUUAUGAGUCCUAAUUAGAAUAGGAAUUCUUAUGGUAUCAAUUUAGGGUCUAUGAUUUUAAAAAAGCUGUUCUUUAUAUAGAUAUAGAAUGAUUCCCAUUUCAGUCGAUUUCUUCAUUCAAUUCAAUGAUUGACCAAAAGAAAUUUUUUUUUUCAUAAAUAAUAAAAUAAAUUGCAUGAACUUAGCUCAAUCAAAUACUGAUAUUGAUGUUUUAUUUCUAUGCAAUGAUUUGGUCUAAUGAAUUCGUCCAUUUAGAUUGUAUCCAUGUGAGAUAAUGCUAAAUAAAAAAUAAAAGGAAGAGACGAA